UCCUCGGUGAAGCUGAAGCUGAUCUGUGCCCAGGUGCUGCGGGACCUGCUGGGGGAGGCCAUGGAGUACGAGAAGAUCCUGAAGCUCACCUCGGAUGCCAAGUUGGAGUCGGGGGAUGUGAAAGCCACCAUCGCCGUCCUGGGCUUCAUCCUCUCCAGCGCUGCCAAGCACAGCGUGGACAGCGAGUCCCUCUCCAGCGAGCUGCAGCAGCUGGGGCUGCCUAGAGCUUACCGCAUCUCCGCCGUUUCCCGGGGGAAGGAGCUGCGGCUGCGCUUGGCUCCGCUGGAUCCCGGCUCCCCGCAGGACCUGGUGUUCCGUUUCGGGAUGUCGGGCUCGUUCCGGCUGUGCCCCGCAGCCCACCUGCCCCGCCACGCACACCUGCGCUUCCUGACCCGCGGCUGCCCCCCGCAAGCCCUUUGCUUCGUGGAUGCCCGGCGCUUCGGGUCCUGGCGGCUGGGGGAUGCCUGGCAGCCCGAGCGAGGGCCCUGCGUCCUCUCCGAGUACCUGGCCUUCAGGGAGAACGUGCUGAAGAACCUGGACGACAAGGCUUUUGACAAGCCCAUCUGCGAGGCCCUCUUGAACCAGAAGUUUUUCAACGGAAUCGGGAAUUACCUGCGGGCUGAGAUCCUGUACAGGUUGAAGAUCCCCCCCUUUGAAAAGGCUCGGACUGUGCUGGAGGCCCUGAAGGAGCAGGAGCAGGAGAGGAGGAAGAAGAAUCCUUCCCUGACCUUGAGCAAGAAGCUGAAGCUGAAGCGGGAGCAGCCGGAUCUCCUGGAGCUGUGCCACACCGUGCCCAUGGAGGUGGUCGCGGCGGAGAAAAAUCUCCUGGAGCCAGACCACUCGGAUAACUACGCUGCUUUCCAGAGCUGGCUGCAGUGCUACUUGGUGCCCGGCAUGAGCUCCCUGCGCGACCGCAACGGCAGGACCAUCUGGUUCCAGGGAGAGCCUGGCCCCAUGGCUCCUAAAGGGCAGGCGUCCCGCGGGAAGCGCGCUCAGCUGAAGGCAGACCCCGAGGCUCAGGCCCCCAAGGUCACCCCACGUGCCUCAAAACGGCCUCCGAGGGCUGCAGCGAAGCCCCCAAAGCCAGCCAAGGAGGAAGAAGAGCAGGAAGAGGUGGCUGAGGGGCCGAGGAAGGGACGUGCCCGUGGGAAGAGGAGGAAAGCAAGUGCUGCUCCAGCCCCCUCGGAGCCCGAGGCAGCCGGAAGGCGCCGAAUGUCUACGCGCAGGGGCAGAGGCGCAGCCCCUGCCGUGUGA